AUGCCGCAUGCAGUUGGCCGUAGUAUAUACUUGCACUAUAACUAUUCAGCUGCCAGCUUCCAUAAGCAGCUUGAAACUCCAAAGACUACUGAUCUGAAUCUUUCGAGAUGGCAGUAUCUGCGUUGUCUAGGAUUCGCAUCACGGCCAUCAUCACCCGCUGUUGAACCGGGCAGCGGGCUGACAUCACUUCCAACUAUCCUUGGCAUUGCGGAAAUGACCAAACUUCCGUUUUUUGUGCACGACAGGUUCUUCCUUCCUCUCAAUGAUUGGAAUGCCACCGGAUUAUGCAAAACGUCGCCAUUCUCGGACCGCAGUUUGGAAAAUGUUAUCUGUGUGAAAGAAAAGAAAUUUAAGUUUGGGAAGACUUCAACGUAUUUUUCCGCCUUGCUUAAUCACCUCUCCAUAUCUACCACUAUCGAUACUAUCAACUGCUGUGAACAAUUGCACUACAUUGUCCAUCAUGCCAUGCAGCUCUAG